AUGGAUCCUCUGCCGGAUAUAUAUCCCUUGACAAGCUUGCAGAUUGGGGACAUGCAGUCUUACAUCUCCCGGGCGUUCCUCUAUUUUGCACCGGUGAGCAAGAAGGUGCUUAUUCUGGUGGACAACCAGCCAUGGAUGACCAGCAAGCAGUCCAGAUCCGCAAGGCUAUGGCAGUUCAUGAUCACAAAGUACAGGAUGUCUCCCUUCGUGAAUUCGAGGAGUGGCACCGACACGGCGGCGAUGGCGAUGGCGAGCUCGGGCACAGAGAAAAGAAAAAUAACGGCGGCGAUGCGAAGGUGGCUGGCGGUGGCGAACUCGACCCCGGCGCUGCUCCACGGGUUCCUGGUGUUCGAGGUGUCAUGGCGGGACGUGCACGGCAUCAACUACUACAACGACCUGCUCACUGACACGUCCCUCGCCCUGGAGGCGCGCUACCUCAACAAGUGGGAGUUUUACAGCGCCGAGCAGGCCGCCGGGUGCGCGUCUGAGUGGUUCCUCGGCCGCGCCUCCGAGACGCACUCCCUCCGAGGGUACCUCCUCCACUAUCACCACCACCAUCAUCGUCCUCGUCCUCGUCACCAUCAUCGCUCCUCCUCCGCGGCGUCCGCCGGAGAAGAGGAACACGCUCGCGACGACGUUAUGAAUACGAUGGCGGCCAGCAGCAGCGGCGACGAGAGGUGCACGCCCACGUUGAGGAGGAGGAUGAGCUGGCGGAGCAGGGCUAGGAGGAAGAACCUACAGCAGCAGCAACACACCGAUCGCGACGAGGAGGAGGAGGAGGAGAAGGAGCAUGAUGAUGAAGGGCGGGUUCCCAUGCAUAUGCAUAUGCAGCAGUAUAGGUACAGCGACACCCUGCUCCUGUUUCGGUCCCGGGACGCGGCACUGCCGUUCAAGCUCCGGCAGAUCAUCACGUCGGACAUCCGGCUGCUCACGCUGCUCGAGUCUGGGCUGCCGUCGUGGGUCAUCUUCCUGCAGUCGUACCCGGUGCUGUGCCACAUGUACCGGCCCUGGAUGCGGCCCCUGGCGCGGAGCCUCUACGUCAUGGCCUCCCUCGUCACCGUCAUCAUCGGCUUCUACGACCUGUACAAGAACGUGCCACUGCUCAAGUCGGCGGCGGCGCGCAUCUGCGGCCCGCUCUUCGAGUGGAUCGAGACGUGGGACAUGGUCACCCGCAUCCAGUACCUGGGCACCAUCCUCUUCCUCCGCAACCUGCGCAAGUUCAUGCAGGGGCUGCUCGCGCUCCUGCACGCCGCCAGGGCACUGCUCCGUGUUAUGCUCGCUCCAUUGGCCGACCUAGGCUUGUGUCAGCUGCUUGCCACACUGGUUGUCCUAGCCUCACACGUGUGGCGCCUGGUGGUCGACCUGGCAGAGGUGGUGUGGGCGCCGUUCGACGUCGUGCUCGACUGCGUCGCCGGAUUGGUCACAACCUUGUGGCCGGUGCUCAAGGUGGUGGUGUUGCCGGCGAGGUUUGCGGUGGCGGUCGCAGCGUGCGCGGGGUCCGUCUUGUCCAAUAGCUACAACUUCUUCAAGGACAUCUGGGAGACUCUGAGUAGCAUCUUCGAGCUCAACCACAUGUCGGAGGCGCAACAAAGCGCCUUCGACAUGACCACGCUCAAGACGCUAUGGAAUGACCUCUUCUCGCAGAUCUUCCGGGCCAUCAGGGGCAUCCUCAAUGGCAUCCUUGUCUUCUUCUACGCCUGCAACAGGCACAGGCUCAGGAUGCGCCCGUCGAAUGUGAUGUAUGCAAGUGACCAAUCGUAG